UUAUAUAUUCUUAUUGUAGUUAAAUCUAUGAUUUUAGAUAUAAGUUGGAUUAGUCGAGUCACUCAUGUUGUGAGUAUAUUGAGUUACAUAUAUUCUUUCAAAUUCAAAAUAAAGUAUAAUUAUUUCUUAUUAUAAUUUAAGUCAACUCAAAUCAAUUUUAUUUAUCAUUUAAAUGUGCAUGUAUUUUCAUAAUAUUUAUCAAAUUAUAUGUUGAUGUUUUUUAAAGAAUACUAGAAAAUAAAGCGAUGAUCAAUUGGAUGUUACAUGCAUAAGUAGCUGAUACAUUUUUGGAAGCUCAUGAACAUGUAUAAUAUUUAAAGUAAUUAAAAUAUUUUAUAAAUUCAAAAUAACUUUGUGCAUUUAAUUCUUUUAUUGAGUGGAAACUGAAAUUUAUUUUAAAUAUUCUUAAAAAUAAAAAUUCAGAUUUGCUCUGGUAUUUUGAUUGUGGUUCUUUUAAAUUCCAAAAACAUAAAACAUAAAAUUUAAAAUUAAGAAAAAACUAAAUUUAAUUUUUAACAUUUUGAUCAAACGAUGUUAUUUAAAAAAAUAUAUUUAAUUUUUUAAUGUAUCUUAAAAAUAGGGGAAUUUUUACUUAUACCACUUUGGUAAUACCAUUAUUCAUGUUUACCUCAACAAAGAAACAUUUUCAAAAAUAAAUUUUUCAUUAAUGGUAAAGACUCUUAUACUUUUGUUAUUUAUAUAUAUAAUAAAUAAAUAUUUAAAUAAAUAAAUAAUCUAAAAAAAUAAAAAAAAAUACUAUUUCAAAAUUCGAACCCUAAACCCUAAUAUUCAACUAUAAACCCUAAACCAUCAAUCUUAAACCUUUUUUUUUUGAAAUACGAACCCUAAACCCUAAAACUCUAAACUCUAAACUUUAAAAAGUAAACUCUAAACCCUAAAACAUCAACUUAACUCCUAAACCCUAAACUAUCUAACACUAAACCCUAAAAAGUAAACUAUAAACCCUAAACCCUAAAACUAAAGCCUCCGUAGUUAGUAGCAACACAUCCUUACUUUCUAUUUUUCUCUACUCCUUCCCUCUGUUUUUAAUAUACAACGAAUUCGUGUGCGGUGGCUAAACUACACUUUAUUUGUUCUUCUCUUCUAUCUUCAGUCCAACCUCCAAGAAUGCAACUAAACUGGACACAGAAAAAUCCACUUCUUUGAACUCAAAGCUAACUAAGAAGCGGUUAUUCUAAGGUUGAUAACCCACAGAUAACUGUAGAAGGUUAGAAAGACGAUUUAUCGCAAAAUAAUAAACAAGAUCAAUUCGCAAUACAAACAAUCAUGGCAUCACACUUGCGCGCAUCUCAAUUCAAUGCGAUCUUCAACAAUCAAAAUUUGGACGGUGAGAAUGAGGACAACUUUUUCAUGACUUGUGGGAUAAUGUGAAAAACUGAGUUCUACUAUCGCAACAACUACAAGAAACCAUGAGUUAUGGUUAACCUUAAAAAUAACUAUAAAGACAACUUGGAAAGACACCAAGAUAUAAUAAUAUGAUGACUUCCCAGUUAUAACAUAUUGUCAUCGAUAUACGGUUUUCAAGUAGAUAGCGUUGGUGACCAUUUGCAAAGAUACGUUACAAUCAAUUCAUCGGAAAUUUGAAAGUAUUAAAGUAAGAUGGGGGAAGGAUAGAAAGGUGUUUGGUGAAAGUUUCCUUAAUCUAGUUGUUUGACUGAUAGUUAAUUAAUGCUUCUAUACAAGGUUUAGGUUUUGAAUCUCAAAAACAAAUCAUUAACAAUUAUGCAUUUUAAGGAAAUACAGUUUACAAGACAUUUUUAGCAUAAUGCAAUUAGAACCAUCAGCGUGUGAACCUUCGUAAAGUAGCUCAUGAUGAUGCUAGUAGAACCGUCUAACGUCAAUCCUUAUAAGAUAGAUUAUUGGUUGUAUAGUCGCCUAUGUAAUAAUCUCAUAUAAUAGAUUAAAAAUCAAUGUUAAAAAGUUAUUUCAAAUUAAGUGCUAAAAACCAGAUUAUGAAGCAAUUCGUAAAAUCUUAACAUCUGUCAAUACAUUACGCAAACUGGCUGUUCUGAUCGAUGAAACUAAACAUUGAAAUAUAAGGAUUUUUAAUGGUAAAACUCUUCAACUAAGUUUCGUUUGGGUAAAACCCCUAAACAAAAGAUGUAACGUGAAAACAAUGAAUUAGGAUUAGAAACAAACUGAUGAUACCUGUAAAUCAAUAGUUUAGGAUUUUUUACCAAACAAAACUUAUUUAACUAGAGGGGGAUUAAAGUUAAAUUAAUAUCCAAAAUACAAUAGAAUUAUGUAGAUUUUAAUAAUUCAAAUUUUCUAAAUUAAUAUUAAAAUAAAUUAUGCAAAUAGAUGAACUAGAUUUGCUUUAAAAUUUACACAAUAUACAUUACAAUAUACAGUACAAUUUGAAACUGUUUUCAAAAUUACAUGCUUUUAAAUCAGAACUGAAUUCCCUGAACCGAACCUAACCCAAACCCAAUCUCUUUAUGUAUAAAUAUCUGAAUGAAGCUUAAACAUAUAUAUGCUUCCGGAAACACAAAAAACAAGACAAAUGAGUUCUUUAGACGAAAUUUUAGAGUACAAGACAAAAGUGAUAUGCUCAAAUAUUGUCUCUAAGAGCUACUCUUUAAAUUCAGAGAUACAGUCGUAAUAUUUAGGGGUCGGAUCCACAAAGAUUCAAGAUCACUUAUUGGAUAUCAGUUUUUGAAUUGAAGUAAACAAAAUUGAAUGUAAACUAAAUAACACAAAAUGUAAAUGGUUGGAAGUCGGUUGGGAAAAGCACUACUUAAGGAUGUUCUUUGGUAAACUAGAAUUGUCGAUCAAAGAACAAAUGAAAGCAUGGAUAAACUUGUGACGCCCAUGGAAUACCAGAAAGCCAACGGCCUUAUUCAUAUUGCCUCGAAUUCAUGAAUGUCCGGCUUACAUACCUUACAUCAUCAUGCUUUGCGAUAACCAAUAAGCUAUUCAUAUUUCUUCGAAUUCAGUCUCUCGAAUUAACCAAGCACAUUAUAAAGUUUACUGCCAUCAUAAUAUCUAUGAGAAGGUGAAACUUAGAAUCACAUCUCUGUUGAAGCCGGAUAACCGGACUGACAUAAAAAAUAUAUAUGUUAAGGAAAUAGACGAUUGUAAAGCGAAUACAAGAACGAUAAGAAAUCGUACUCGCAAACAAACAUGGAGUCGAGAUAUAUUCUCUUUCCUUAACUCUAAAUUUUCUCCGUAGUAAGACAAGACUGUACAAAUAUCGAGUUCCAAGAUACAACCAUGGCAGACGAUUCACGCUUCCCUCGUGAACGCCCUAUCGGACUAUAAACUCUACGAAACACUCUCGGAUUUUAUGACUUACGCUAAGGGAUUUUUUUGCUGUUAGUUUCAAUAAAAAAAGUAGUGAGAAACGAAGAGGAGGAGAGUUGAUAUUUAAAGAGAAGACGAGGAGCGGUUUUUCGAAACUGUUGCAAACGGUUUCUGAAAAUCACUCAAGGAUCUCGGAGUGGAACGUUGAGCAGCUUUCUCCGCAAGUUUCUCUUUUGUUGACUCGUUAUAAUCCAUUUCUAACAGAUAAACUUCGUGUCAUUUUUAGACGAGCUACACGUCAUUUAUACACAAAUGUCAUACUGUUUUUUAGAAAUGAAAUGGAAAAAUGAUGAGUUUAACUUGGUCCAAAAAGAAUCUUAUUGGGCCGGAGGCCCUCCACCAAGACCCAAGACCCAAGCCCAAGCCCACGCCGAGCCGAGCCGGCCGAACGGCGGCGGCGCACGUGGGGAGUCCUCUCUCUUCCUGAGCCAUUUAAACCCAUAUAACACAAGGCCAUUUAUACUGCUCUAUGAUUCUUGUAUUCCCCGAUGUGGGACAUUUGUUGGUUUUGUCAUUUAGACAAAAGUUGCAGUGUUACAUACACCAAGCUACCAACUUCUAAGCAUCAUUUCUAAUUCAAUAUUAAUCUACUUUUGAAGUGUGAAUAUACCAGGUUGUAGUACUCAUUACAAGCUUUACAACUAGUUGAUGAUCUGAUCGGAAUGACCACAAAAGUCACCAGAAAAUCAGAAAACAUCAGCCUCUAUAUUCUUUGUAAAAACAGAGUUCCAGCAAUCCCCCACAUGAAUAGAAAUGACUCUUCUAAAUAUAUGCAGACUAAAUGCAGACUCGAUAAACUCUAAAAACUAUAAUAAUUCUAAUCCUGACUAGACUAGACAUACUUAUCGAGAGUGUUUGCGAAAAAUUCACUGUGUUUGAGUUGGUGGCAUUUUUAAGCCUUGAACCACUCAUAGUUAAUAUCUGUCGGAUUUAUUUUACCAGAAGGUUAACAUGAUGUCUUGAACCAACCGGUGUUUUAUGUAAACCGAGACAACAUGCAUAACGCAACUUCAUUUUCUCGUAGAACAUAGUUCUCUAUUGUGUUCAUUGAGACCCUGAACUAUUCAUGGUUUUCAUGAGUGAACUUAGAUAAUAUAACUUUACAUUCACUCUCCUAAAAACAGCCCCAUUUCACACUCAUUAGGUGAUUGACCAUGAAAAUUAUUGAGUAAUACUCCGCUUUUAGAAGCUAUGGAAUCAUUAAAAGCUUAUUCUUAUCCUUCUCACAUUCGUUAGCCCUUUUAUCAUCUUAGAAGUUGGGAAGAAACUACUUUGUCUCAAGUGCUUUGGUUAGAUUAUGUUUGAUUUUGUUUUCUCUUUGAACCUACGUCUUCGGAUCUCCAAUCAUGAUAGGUAGGGUUACAAUCAGACAUCUUCAUUCUUUAUAGGCUAUAUAAACCCAUUCCUUUUGAUGAUUUAGCAACAACAUCUCGUCGCAAACCUUUAGUAAAUGGAUCUGCUAGUUUGUCAGCCGAUUUGAUUUAGUCUAUUGUGAUUACACCAGUUGAGAUAAGCUUUCUAAUGGUUUUAUGUCGUCUUCUGAUGUGACGAGAUUUACCAUUGUAGAGAUUAUUCUGAGCCCGAGCUAUAGCUGAUUGACUGUCACAAUGUAUGCGUAUAGCUGGCACAGAUUUCUCCCACAUGGGAAUAUCUUCCAAAAAAAUUUCUAAGUCGUUCAGCUUUUUAUGAUGCUUUGUCUAAGGAUAUGAACUCAUAUUCCAUGGUGGAUCUGGCUAACACUGUUUGUUUGGUAGAUUUCCAUGAUAUUGAUGCUCUUCCUAGUGUAAAGAAAUAUCCACUUGCGGAUUUUGAGUUUUUAUAAUCUGAUAUCCAGUUAGCGUCACUGUAUCCUUCUAAAACUGGUGGUUCUUUACCAUAUUGAAGCCCAAAAUCUUUGGUGUAGCGCAAGUAAUUGAAUACUCUCAUUAUAGAUUUCCAGUGUGUAUGACCUGGAUUACUUGUAUAUCGACUAAGUACGUUUACUGCAUGCGCUAGAUCUGGUCUCGUACAAUUAGUCAAGUACAUAAAACUUCCGAUCACACGUGCAUACUCGUUUUGUGAAACCGCUCGACCUGAAUUCUUUGUCAAGUGUAUUUGGGGAUCUAACAGAGUUUUUUCCGUACUAUUAGAGUUAUUUUUAAAUCUCUCUAAUAUUGUUUGAGCAUAAUGAGAUUGGGUUAAGAUAAUUUCAUUUGAAUUCCUUGUGAUUUUAACCCCGGGAAUUACAUCUACUAAUCUCAAGUUUUUCAUCUCAAAUUUCCCUUUGAGCAUAUUUUUUUUGAUUGAUAACGUCUUUAUUGCUUCCAAUAAUGAGCGUAUCCUCUACAUAUAGACAUAGCAAAACAUACGCAUUUUUGGUAGUUUUGUAAUAUAUGCAGUUGUCACAUUCAUUAAUUUUGAAACCAUUUGACAUCAUUGUAUUGUCAAUUUUUUCGUGCCAUUGUUUAAGAGCUUAUUUAAGCCCAUAAAGUGACUUUACAAGUCGGCAUACUUUGUCUUCCUAACCGGAAAUGACAAAACCUUCAGGUUGUUUCAUGUAAAUUUCCUCUUAUAAAUCACCAUUUAGAAAAGCGGUUUUUACAUCCAUUUAAUGGAUUUCUAGGUCUCUUAAGGCGGCGAUUGCUAUCAUCAAUCUUAUUGAUGUUAUUCUCGUUACUGGAGAAUAUGCAUCAAAAUAGUCAAAACCAUUCUUUUGUCGGAAUCCUUGAACUACAAGUCUAGAUUUGUAUUUUCCAUCAGGUUUUUGUGUCAUUAUCCAUUUAUUCCCUAACGCUUUGCAGCCAAGUGAUAAAUAUGUUAUGUACCAUGUAUAAUUCUGCAUGAUAGAGUCAAAUUCACUUCUGGCAGCUUCGUUCCAAAACGGAGCUUCUGGUGAAACCAUGACUUCUGCCAAAAAUUUUGGAACAUUUUCUUCUAGAAAUGCCAUUAGGAAAUCUUCACCAAAAGAUUUUUCCUUUCGAGCUCUUUUGCUUCUUUGAGGUUCAUAUUUUUCUUCAUUUUCUGAAAUAUCAUUUAUAGAAAUCUCGACGUUUGUCUCAGUUUCUGAGUCCUUGUCGUUGUCUCUUUCUUCUCGAGUUCGUUUUGAACCUUGUUUUUUCUUACAUGAAAAAAUAUUUUCGAAGAAAGAUGUAUUACUUGAUUCCAUGAUUGUAUUAACAUGAAUGUCUGAUCUUUCAUAUUUAUGUACCAGAAAUCGAUAAGCACUAUUAUGUGCAUAUCCGAUGAAGAUGCAAUCCACUGUUUUGGGUCCAGUAGUGACCUUUUCUGGUGGCGGUACUGCAACUUUUGCCAAGCACCCCCACACUUUGAGGUAUUUAUACGAAGGUAAAUUACCUUUCCAUAAUUCAUAUGGAGUUUUGCUAGUUACUUUGUGUGGAAUUUUGUUGAGGAUAUAAUUAGUGGUAAGCAACGCUUCCCCUCCAACAUGUUCUGUGUAACCCAGAUUCCUGUAACAAUGCAUUCAUCACCUCUUUUAGUGUUCGAUUUUUGCGUUCAGCAACUCCAUUAGAUUCUGGUGAAUAAGGAGUUGUAUUUUGAUGGACUAUUUCAUGUUCUUUACAGAAUGCAUUAAAUGGACCAUCAUACUCGCCUCCUCUGUCGCUUCUAACUAUUUUAAUAGUUGUUUUAAGCUGUUUUUCGACUUCAAGUUUAAGUUCUUUAAAAAUUUCUAAGGUUUCAUCUUUGUUAUGUAAUAAAUAUACAUAACAAUAUUUUGUGCAUUCAUCAAUGAAGGUCACAAAUUACUUUUUACCGCCUCUAGUUUGUAUGUAUUUUGAAUCACAUAAAUCGGUAUGAAUUAAAUUUAAGGUUUAUUAGUUCUUUCAACAUGAAGUUAAGGCGUUUUUCUGAGCUGUACGCAUACUUCACAUUUUUGUUUACUUGUUUUGCAUUUAGGAAUUAGAUUUAAAUUCAUAUUUGUCUAGAUUUGUUGUUUACAUGGUCUAAUCUUUCAUGUCAUACAUUAAAAGACUCAACCAAAUAAGCAACUGGCUCUUUCUAAUUCAUUGAAACUUUUGGAGCCGUAACUUUCGGAGGGACUGUCAUUACAUUCAUCUUGACAAGUUAAUCCUUAACAUACCCCUUUCCCAAAUACAUCCCAUUCUUCCUAAUCACGAGCUUGUCUGCCUCAAGACUUGUGGCGAAUCCAUUCUUGCUGAGCAAGGCUUCCAAGACUAGGGUCUUCCUUAUGUCAGGCACAUGCUUCACAUUCGUCAGAGUUACUUCACGUCCAAAUGUCAUUUCAGAAUCACAUUGCCGCGGCCUUCAAUUUUGGAGACAGCAGUGUUUCCCAUGAACAGCUUCUCCUGAGUCUUGCUUUCUGAUCAGUGUUGAACAUUGCCCUAUUAGUGAAAAUGUGGGUGCUCGCUCUUGUGUCAUACCAUCAUUCCUUGGGGUUGUUGCCUUCAACCAUGUUGGCAUUUGUUACCAUUGCAACGAGAUUUUCCUCAGUGAGAUUCGCUUGAUGCUUCUCAUCUCUGAUCUUGCUGCGACACUCAACAGUCUUGUGUCCUACUUUGUGGCAGUAGUGACACUUCCCCUUGAAUUUCUCCACAUUCGCAUUGAUUUCAAUGCCUUUGUUCUUGAAGUUUUUCCCAGAAGCAUGCAGGGCUGCAUCAGUUUUGGAAAGCUUUGCAGGAGAAUGGACGUGUGUCUUUCCUUUGUCUUUGUGCUCAGCCAUGUUGACACUAUGCUCCUUAGCAGUGAUGUUGUCAGCAGUUCGGUUUGUCGAUUCCAUCUGAAGCCUCAUGAUGAGCUCCUCGAGCCCCAUGUUCUUCUUCUUGUACUUCAAGUAGUUCUUGAAAUCCGCAUAGAUUGGAGGAAACAUUUCAAUAAAGCUGAGAGUUUUGAAUGUCUCGCAGAUGGACAUUCCUUCAGCAGCGAUUUCAUGGCAAAUGGCCUGGAACGCUUCCACCUGAUCCAUGAUGGGCUUUGAAUCCACCAUUUUGAAGUCGCAGAAUUUUACAACCACAUACUUCUGGCAGCCAUCGUCCUCACCUCGGUACUUCUUGUCCAUUGAUUUCCAUAGUUCUUUCGCUGUGGGGAUCUCACAGUCGACACAGUACAAUGGGUCAAUGAGGGGACCCAAAAUGUAACCUUUUGCAGAUGAAGUCGGAAUGCACCUAUAUGUCAACACUUGCAAGAGUGUGCAAAUCAUCAAUCCCGUAAGGAACAAGGGGCUUGUCUUCCUGGAUGAACUUGUCCAGCUUCAUCGUUGUCAGGAAGAACAUCAUCUUCUUCUGCCACGUUUCGAAGCAUUUGCCAUCAAACUUGUCUGGCAUCAGUCCUUGAGUGAACACGUCAGGUACAGAUGGAGGAUUUUGAACUGCCACCGUACCACUUGUAGUUCCUUGAACCAAACCCGUUUGAUAAAGACCAACACCGAAGAGGCUACGACGAGUGGUUUCAUCAGCAGGAUUUCCCACAGGAAGGGUAGUGCUUGUUGUUGCUGCAUAAGUUGACGAUGUGAUGUUUCCAACGGUUGUCACGGUUGCAUCAGUGGCUGCAACGUUGAGUGGAGUUGAAAUGACAUUCGUGAUGUCAAUGGGGGUGUUGUUAUCAUUCGUCAUUUUUCCUGUUGAGAAAACAUGAAAGCGAAUCAGUACUUCAUUCAAUAUAUUAUUUUUAAGCAAAAAAUUAUAGUCUAAAAUCGAUUUUCACUUUUGGUAUUUGAACCAAAUCAUAUCAAUAUGUCUGGAAAAACGUUUUGCAAACUCGCUUGAAAGCGUUCACAGAAACCGUUUUGUGUAGCCUUAGAAUGUUUCACAAACUCGCUUAAGAAUGCGGUUAUUGAAACGAUUCAUGUGUAGAACGUUUUGAAUAAUAAUGUAACUAAAACGUUUCGCGGAAGAUGCUAUAAGCAAAUCCCAAACCCGUUUACAGAAGAACUAAGAAGCGUUUCGCGGAUAAGAAUAUAGCAAAUUGCAAACAUCGUUAUGAGAUAAGUAAGAAAUAUAUAUCAAUAAUUGAUUCGCGGUAGUGCUAUAGAGCAAAACGCACACCGUUAUGAGAUAAGUAAGAAACGUUUCGCGGAAGUGCUACAAAACAAAUCGUAAACAUCGUUCCAAAAACCGUUUUUCAAUCCGAUCAAACGCUUUAGAUAGAAAGCGAAAUUAGAGGUAAGAUUAUUGACGCCGGAUAACCGGACUGACAUAAACGAUAUAAUAAAAGCGAUAUGUGCAUCGCAAACAUUGUUCAAAAAAACAUUUUUCAAUCCGAUCAAACGCUUUAGAUAGAAAGCGAAAUUAGAGAUAAGAUUAUUAAACCCGGAUAACCGGACUGACAUAAACGAUAUAAUAAAAGUGAUAUGUUAAAAAAAUAGAUGAUUAUAAGCCCACGCCGACCGGCUGGACGGCGGUGGCGCACGCAUGGAGAGUCCUCUCUCUUCUUGAGCCCUUUAAACCCUUAUAACAAAAGGCCAUAUUUAUACUGCUCUAUGAUUCUUGUAUUUCCCAGUGUGGGACAUUUGUUGGUUUUGUCAUUUAGACAAAAGUUGUAGUGUUACAUACACUAAGCUACCAACUUCUAAGCAUCAUUUCUCAUUCAAUAUUAAUCUGUUUUUGAAGUGUGAAUAUACCAGGUUGUACUACUCAUUACAAGCUUUACAACAAGCUGAUGAUCUGACAGGAAUGACCACCGGUGUGGCCAGAAAAGUCACCGGAAAAUCCGAAAACAUCAGCCUUUAUAUUCUUUGUAAAAACAGUUCGAACAAUCUCCACUUUACACUAAAAGUUUUUUAAUAAGGUGGCUCUUUAAGGUUUCAAGAUUAACUUUCAGUAUCUCUAUGGUUAAAGGUUGAGGAGGAAUGUUAAAAUGUGUAAGUGUUAUCUUAAGGAUCAAAGAGAUCACUUCAGAUUUUCUGAAAUGGGCACUUUGGCGCUCUAUGAAAUUAUUAUGCAUUAUUUCUUCCGUUCCUUAAAGAUACAUAUUUUAGAAAAAAAAAUUUGUUUAUAAAAGAUUCAUUUUUUAUAUUUUUAAUACAUAUUUUAUUAACUAAUUACAAACUUCAAAAAAUUUAUUGCAUCAAUUGAUUUUUUAUUGGCUUAAAAUUGUGGAAAAAAGAUAAAUACAAAAAAUUAUGCAAAUUUAAUGUGUUUUAUUAGAAUGUGUGAAAAAACUAGAAUAUGAAUCUUUUAAGAACAGAGGCGAGUAUUACAUAAUUAACUUCUCUCCAUGCAAGCUCUCUGGGACUCGUUAUUGUCAACCUAUCCUCUCUCUUGCAUGUUAGUGUAUCAUUUAGUAGCUAACAAUUAUUUAAUAUAUAUAUUUGUAGCAUCUUGUACAAUUUUUUUUUAAUGAAUAUACAAAUCAUUUCUGUUAUAUUCUCUUUAUUACUUCCGAACAAAUCUAUAGGUAGCACUGUAGCAGGUCAAGGAAUGACGAGUAUCUGCGCCUAGGAAAGAAAACACUUCAUUCUACCUCAUGGUAAUAUCCAACAAAGAAGAAGAGGAAAAUGGAAAAGCCGUAAAAAAAAUUGCGAGUAAAUUCCAACAAGUCUUUGUAUACGGAUGUAGACGAUGCAGCGUGGAAGUUUUUUUUUCUCUUAUAAAAAAAUGACGUGAAACCCAAGCGUUGACCAGCUCAGAACAAGCAAUCUCUUCACGAUGUUUCCAUUUGGGCAUUAAACUAUUGAAAAAGUUUAUAUUGUUAACCCCUCUAGUUGCAGAAUCUCUGAAAGGGUCACAGUCAACGAGCGAGCACCAAGAUUCAAGAACACGAUCUGAAACACGGGCUAGAAGCUGCGGGAGUUAAUGGAAGGAUCAGAUAAGAAAUUAGCUCGAAAUAUGGAAGAAUCGUGGGAAGGAGAUGAGGGAUACAUAUCCUCAAGUCUAGCCAUCAUGGACUCGAGCGAGUCCCUAAACAUUGGGCAAAAGGUCUCAGACUCAAUCCUUUUUGUCUUGUCAACAAUUAUUUCCCAAUUGUAUUCCUGAUAUCGAGUCACAACUACAACUACAGAAUCUUUUUUCUUGGACUUCAACUUCUGAUAUCAGGCAGAAACAAUGACAAGUUGUUCAACAACCUAGUUAUGGGACUUUAACUCCUGAUGUAGAACAAUCUCUUCAACACCCUAGUUAUGAGACUCAAGUUCCUGUCGGCGAAAGUCAACUACAGGUUCAUCAACCCCGUAUUAGGUGGACCUCGGAGCUUCAUCAGACAUUUGUGCAAGCUGUCAACGUGCUUGGUGGAUUGGAGCUAGCGACACCCAAGGCGAUCUGGAAGCUGAUGAACUGUCCCAAUUUGACCAUCUUCCACGUGAAAUCACAUUUGCAGAAAUAUAGGAUGGUGCGUUAUAAAUACCUGAUGGAUAAAAGAAAUCUCCAGGAGGAAGAAGUUCUCCCCAAGUCAAAUACGCUUAAUGAUAUCCAAAGAUGGCUCCAGUCACUAGUAUUGCCUUCCUGUGAUAACCCAGUACAACCAUGUGUCUGUGUCAUUUCUUGUGGUGGCCACCAUGUUGAUGCAGGAGAGGUGCUUUUUAUUGAUGAAAUCAUUAUUGAGCUGCAGAAGCGAGCAAUCACUUCCUUAAGAUAUGAUCUAGUUACUGACACGGGGACAAGGAUGCCAGGCCUACAUACCUUAUACGGUGUUUUUCUUUUGUUUAUUUCAAAAAAUUACACUUCAGGUGAAAGCCUGGAUAAACUCGUUACACUCACGGAAUACCAGAAAGCCAACGGCCUCCUACUUAUUCCCAUUUUUUAUAAAGUUACACCUUCAGAGUUCCCGAAAUUCUUUACUGAAGAAAGACUUUUACAACUUGAUGAUUCAGUCCAGAUAAGGCGAGUUCAGAAAUGGAAGGAAGCAAUGAAUGAAUUGGCUCUCAGUGAUGACUGUAAAUGGAUAUUCGGGAAUGAUUCUAUACUUCCAGAGGAGAUUGUUAGAUAUGCGCGUUUGAGAUUACUUUGUAUCUCUUCCCAGAACGUGACUAGAAUGUACUCAUCGCUAAACAGCUGGCAGCCCACAGACAUGCAAAUGAUUGGGGUUUGGGGUAUGCCGGGCAUAGGUAAAACGACUGUUGCUGGAGAAGUGUAUAGAAGACUGGCUCCAGGUUAUGAUUCAUGCUAUUUUCUGCAAGACUUUCAUCGAAUGUAUCAAACAAAGGGGCUGAGUCACAUUCGGGAUGAAUUUUUCUCUAAAUUAUUUGGGGAUGGAAAAUUUGUUAUAGAUGCUUGUGAUACAAAACCAAGUUUCUUGAAGGAUAGGUUCCAGAAUAAGACUGUUCUUGUUGUUAUUGAUGAUGUGAGAAAUGCUAGAGACGUAGAAGCUUUAGUUGGAGGAUUUGACUGGUUUUCUCGUGGACAUUUAGUCAUCUUAACCUCCAGGAACAGACAAGUUCUUGUACAGUGUAAAGUCAAGGAGUUAUAUGCGAUCCAGAAAUUAUCACAAUAUGAAUCUUCUCAAUUGUUGUCUCUGUGUAUCCCUGGACAAUAUGAGUCCAUGCUGAACUCAGAGUUGGUGAGGUAUGCCACUGGCAUUCCGUUGGUUCUCAAAGUCUUAGGUUUAACGCCUGCAACAAAGCAAUGUGCAGCCAGUGAGAAAGAACAUAUGCAAAUUUUGCGCCAAAAUCCUCCACCUGAGAUUCAGGAUGCAUUUCGAAGAAGCUUUGAUGGUCUGAAUGAAGACGAGAAGAAUAUAUUUUUGGACCUUGCUUGUUUUUUCAGAGGGGAGAACAGAAGUUAUGUGAUACAAAUACUUGAUGGAUGCGGUUACUUUACAGAGUUAGGAAUCUAUGGUCUCAUCGAUGAGUCCCUCAUUGAUCCUUUAGACAAUAUGAAUAAAAUGUCUAACAUGUUUCAAGAUAUGGGUCAGUUUGCUGUUUGUGAAGAAAGCAAAGAACCAGGGAAGCGUAGCAGAUUGUGGGAUGCUAAUGAAGUCGCUGAAGUAUUGACAAACAAUUCUGGAACAGAAGCACUUGAAGGCAUAUUUAUGGAUAUGUCUAACUUGACGUGUGAGUUAAGUCCUACUAUAUUUGAGAGGACCUAUAGACUUAGAUUGCUAAAGCUCUACUGUUCACUUUCUGGAAACCAUUGCAACCUUUUUCUACCUCGAGGCCUCGAUUCUUUGCCUGAUGAGCUACGACUACUCCACUGGGAAAGGUACCCUUUAAGAUCCUUGCCACGGAACUUUAAUCCUAAAAAACUUGUGGAGCUGAAUAUGCCUUAUAGCAAGAUGGAAAAGUUAUGGAAAGGGACGAAGAAUCUUGAGAAGCUUAAGAUGAUCAGACUGAGUCACUCCCAAUACUUAACUAAGAUCCCAAGGCUUUCAAAGGCCUUGAACCUUGAGCAUAUUGAUCUUGAAGGAUGUACUAGUUUGGUUAAAAUUAGCUCAUCUGUCAAGCAUCUUGGCAAGCUUGUUUCCUUGAAUCUGAGAGACUGCUCUCGACUACAAACUCUACCUGUCAUGAUUCAUUUAGAAUCUCUCGAAGUUCUUAAUCUAUCUGGCUGCUCAAAUCUUGAGGAAAUCAAGGAUUAUGCACCAAAUCUAAAAGAGCUGUAUCUAGCUGGAACUGCCAUAAGAGAAAUACCAUCUUCAAUAGAGAAGCUCACUGGGCUUGUCACAUUAGAUAUGGAGAAUUGUAACCAGCUUCUUCAGCUGCCACUGGGGAUAAGUAACUUGAAAGCUAUGCUCACACUUAAGCUGUCUGGCUGCUCAAAACAGAAUAGCCUUCCAAAUCUUGAUGCAACCAUUCUAAUCGGCUCAGGACAUCUUAAUACAGUGACAACAAUGGAAGUACCUGCGGCAUUGGUACAACAUUCAACUAUUCAAGACUAAAGGCUGGGUGAAUGUGAAACCUUUGAUAACUUGCAGCACAUACCAGAGAAUCCUGAUUUGUGUUUGAACAACACUACCAUACAAGAGUCUGUAGCGGAAUUUGUAUAUCCCCAAAAUGGCUAAGAUUCUUCCGCAAAACGUGAACAUAGAACAACACCAGGUACUCUAUUUAUCUUACAAAUAACGUGCAGAAACUCCCAUUCUUUUGCAUAUCGUCUGAAUUAAUUGUGCCUGUAACAGAAACUGCAUUCAGCAUCUGUGUGCCUGCAUCUGAAGGUCUGAAAUCCCCAACUGAUGUGUUUGCAUCUCAAGGUUUGAAAUCUUUUGUCGCAAAAAGGUUCUUCUGUUGUGACACAGCUAACUUGUUCCUUGAUUAUUAGGAUUUACUAUGUCAGUUGUAGUUUCUUUUCGGGAUAAUUGAUUACUACUAGGAAUGCUGCUGGUUUUAGUAUUAGGUCCACAUGCAUAAUGAGAACGCAGAGUGGCCUCUCUCAUUUAGUAGAGAGUCUUUCA